CAGCAGCGCAGCCACCCAUGCGCGCGCGCUCGCAAGACCACCAGCGCCCAGAGCCCCAGUCUGAGGCUUGGCGCCGGGGGUCUGCGGGCGAGGGGAGCUCUCUACGUGCGAGGGGCUAGCGGGAGCCGGCACAAGAGGGUCGAGGAGCCAGGAACCCCAAACGUCCGGCGCCAGGCGCUAGCCAAGCUGCUGCGCGCCCCGGCGCCCAGCUGGCUCGGGGACAGCCGCUGGGUGUCGGAGACCGGAGCUAGCGGAUUGCAGCGGAAAAGCAAAGAUGUCACACUGGAUCCUUGGCCUCCAGGGUCCAUUAAGGUGAGAAUAAGAUCUCUGGGCUGGCUGGAACUAGCCUAAAACUGAAAAGCAGCCAUGGACAUGGCGGAUGAGCCACUCAAUGGAAGCCACACAUGGCUAUCCAUUCCAUUUGACCUCAAUGGCUCUGUGGUGUCAACCAACACCUCAAACCAGACAGAGCCGUACUAUGACCUGACAAGCAAUGCAGUCCUCACAUUCAUCUAUUUUGUGGUCUGCAUCAUUGGGUUGUGUGGCAACACACUUGUCAUUUACGUCAUCCUCCGCUAUGCCAAGAUGAAGACCAUCACCAACAUUUACAUCCUCAACCUGGCCAUCGCAGAUGAGCUCUUCAUGCUGGGUCUGCCUUUCUUAGCUAUGCAGGUGGCUCUGGUCCACUGGCCCUUUGGCAAGGCCAUUUGCCGGGUGGUCAUGACUGUGGAUGGCAUCAAUCAGUUCACCAGCAUCUUCUGCCUGACAGUCAUGAGCAUCGACCGAUACCUGGCUGUGGUCCACCCCAUUAAGUCGGCCAAGUGGAGGAGACCCCGGACGGCCAAGAUGAUCACCAUGGCUGUGUGGGGAGUCUCUCUGCUGGUCAUCUUGCCCAUCAUGAUAUAUGCUGGGCUCCGGAGCAACCAGUGGGGGAGAAGCAGCUGCACCAUCAACUGGCCAGGUGAAUCUGGGGCUUGGUACACAGGGUUCAUCAUCUACACUUUCAUUCUGGGGUUCCUGGUACCCCUCACCAUCAUCUGUCUUUGCUACCUGUUCAUUAUCAUCAAGGUGAAGUCCUCUGGAAUCCGAGUGGGCUCCUCUAAGAGGAAGAAGUCUGAGAAGAAGGUCACCCGAAUGGUGUCCAUCGUGGUGGCUGUCUUCAUCUUCUGCUGGCUUCCCUUCUACAUAUUCAACGUUUCUUCCGUCUCCAUGGCCAUCAGCCCCACCCCAGCCCUUAAAGGCAUGUUUGACUUUGUGGUGGUCCUAACCUAUGCUAACAGCUGUGCCAACCCUAUCCUAUAUGCCUUCUUGUCUGACAACUUCAAGAAGAGCUUCCAGAAUGUCCUCUGCUUGGUCAAGGUGAGCGGCACAGAUGAUGGGGAGCGGAGUGACAGUAAGCAGGACAAAUCCCGGCUGAAUGAGACCACGGAGACCCAGAGGACCCUCCUCAAUGGAGACCUCCAAACCAGUAUCUGAACUGCUUGGGGGUUGGGAAAAAACCAAGCCAUGCUCUGUCUACUGGCAAUGGGCUCCCUACCCGCACCGGCUUCCUUCCUCCCACCCCUCACACCUGGCUUCUAGAAUAGAGGAUUGCUCAGCAUGAGUCCAAUUCA